AGCUACACUUUAAAAGUUCACUAUAUCCUGCUGUACUAUGCUGUAAUAAUGCUUAAUAAUACUAUAUUACUAAACAUAAGAAUGCGAUUGUUAUAUUAUCGGAGAAUAUUCUCCAAUUAAAUUAUACAGAUUGAAUACAUUUUAUUAUCUGGAAUGAGCUUUUUUGUGACUAGUUUUGAUAGUUAAACAUAAUAUUAUUUUAUUUUGCUUUAAAAACACUGACCUUACCAUGUUCUAAUAUUUAUAUAGCCAUAAGAAUACGUUGAAGUUCUAUUAUUUUAUUUAUUUUAAUUAAUACAAAUGUUUCUAUAUUUUAACAAUUUUCGCGCGGCUUUUCCAUUUCAAUUAUUUAAUGAUUUUAAGUAUUUGUGAGCACUGCGACCAACGUUGCCACAUGUUGCCACUUGCGUGGCCCCCCAAAGUGGCCACCUCUUGUGGGGAGCCCCAAGUAUCCAAUGCAGCGCCAAAAGCAAAACAGUCGCAACUUUGACUUGUUGACGGUUGGUUGUCCUCGCGAUUCUGGGGCUGCGUCGAUUUCCCGAGCAUUUGGCGCGAGUGCGAAACAUUUCAAAAAUUGCCCCAUUUGCGUGAGAGAGCUGCCCGAAAAAUGUUGGACGCACUGCAUCAAGGCGGGCCGGGCCCCUGAAAACCAAAAGAGAAAUUGAAAUAGAUAUCAAUAAAUAAUUAAAUGUUAAAUAAUUAAAUGAUAGUGCAAGUAAUUUGGGCAUAAGCCAGAUCAAGCAAAAAAAAAAAGCGGAGUGGAGAAUGCCGAUGAAGAAGGUGACGGUGAAGGAGUACGAUUCGCAGGAUGAGGCCAGCACCGAGCUGCUGGAGAAGCUCAAGCACCUGGACCGCCGUGUGGAUGCCGCCGAGGGCGGGGGCGUGGCCAAGGGAGCGGGCGGCGGACGGCGGAGGAGCACCGCCUGCUGGCAGUCGGUGAAGUGGAAGUCGGCGCUCAAUCACAUCGGACUGCUCGUCUCCCUGUCCAUUUACUGCGGCGUGGGCGGAUUGAUAUUUCGCCAUUUGGAACGUCCUGCGGAGGUGGAGCGUCUGUCGCAUCUGAAGGAUGUUGUGAAAACGCACAGAGAGCGCUUUCUGCACACCAUACUGAACAACACCGAAGUGCACAAUCUCGACGAGCUGUUGUCCUUCGAGCUGGCCAAAUACGAAGCGGCCGUUCAACAGGCGGCUGAGGGGGGGCUACUCAUUGUGGCCGAUAAAGACUUUCCAGAGCCCUACGAGCGAUGGAGCAUUCUGCAAGCUGUGUUCUUCUCAUCGACUGUGUUAACCACCAUAGGCUAUGGCAAUAUUGUGCCAGUGACGACCGGUGGUCGGGUAUUUUGCAUUUGUUUCGCCCUUAUUGGCAUCCCGUUCACACUCACCGUGAUUGCCGAUUGGGGUCGACUGUUUGCUACCGCAGUCUCUGUGUUUGGCAAACACAUGCCCAGCAAACCAAAGUUUACCAAUUUCAUUGGCAAAACCUGGUUCUAUGCCAUUUUGGCCGUGGGCUUUCUCGGCGUUUACUUGGCCGCCGGUGCUGGUCUUCUCCUGCUGUGGGAAGAUGAUUGGACAUUCUUCGAUGGCUUCUACUUUUGUUUCAUCACCAUGACAACCAUCGGAUUCGGUGAUUUGGUGCCAAAGAAACCCAACUACAUGCUGCUCUGCACAUUGUACAUCCUCAUUGGCCUGGCCCUGACAUCGACCAUCAUUGAGCUGGUGCGACGGCAAUAUGCCACCAGUUGGGCCAAACUGCAGGAGCUAUCUGGUCCCAUGGCGGAAACUUUACGUCGCUUGGGCGAAACAGCGGGCACAGGACUCGAUUACACAGCCCUGCAAAAGGUCCUUACGGUGUCCAUGCCCAAGUGGAACAGCAAGAAGAAUGAACACAGUCCAGAUAUUGCUGCCCUGGAAGCCAUCACAAAUGCCAUUUUGAAGGAGGUGAAGGAGGCGCAGAACAACAAGCCGAAGGUCCUGCAGAUCGUCAUCUACGAGUCCUCCGUUUAAAGUGCUCGAAAUAAACAGAAGAAAUAGGCAAACAGAGAGAGCUUCCAUCGAUGAUGAAAAGUGCUGCAUAGUUUUGGGCAACAAAUAUCAAGGGAAAUAUCAAAUGUAGUUAGGCUGCCGAUCGUCAAGCACAUGUUACAGUGGACACUGCCUACUGGCUACUGUAGCACUGUAGCACUGUAGCACUGUAGCACUGUCCGACUUCCAUAAGUUAGUGUCCGUACUUAUAGCUAUUAUAUAGUCAAAUGUCUAGGCAAUAACAUUGCUCAUACGUACUGAGGUCACAUCAAACACAAACUCGCACACAAACACACUCACAUACAUACACACACACACACACACACACACACAUACAUGCAAAGCACGGCAGGUGAUUUACUAUCUAUAGUAAUAGAAAAUCUCUUUUUUUUUUUUGAGGAACUCUAACCGUAUGAGGUAGCUUAAGUUAUUGGUAAUCUUAAUCGUAACUCUUGUCCAUACCAUGCAUAAAUGUCAUCUUAAAAAUAAACCCAGAAAAAGACUUCAACAAUCA